AUGAGUCAACGAGUUACAGGCACAAUGACAACGGUAACAAUACCGGGAUCGCUUGUGAACAAACGGAAGAAACAUUUCCUGGGCAUGCCGGCGCCCGCUGGCUAUGUGGCGGGCGUGGGUCGUGGCGCCACCGGUUUUACCACACGUUCCGAUAUCGGUCCAGCACGGGACAGCACUGAUUUGCCGGAACUGCCACCGGCCGGGCCAGUGAAGAAGGCGCGCGAGGACGACGAUGAUAAGAAGGAGGACAACGAGGAUCUGAAUGAUUCGAAUUAUGAUGAGGUGAGCUGUUGGCUUGUUUGUGAGAGAAGGGGGAGGAGGAGGGUGGGGAGGAGAAGGAGUAACCACUGUUACGUUGGCUGGCCAAAAAUUCCAGGGAAAAUGUGA